CAAAUGGCCGAUUCUCCUUCUCUUUUGAACAUCGUCCGACGCUACCCCGCAUUCUCCGAUUCCGCUAUCUCUACCUUCCCUACAAAUGGCCAAUUCUCCUUCUCUCUUGAACAUCGUCCACGCUACUCCGCAUCUUUAAACAUUUACGAUCCUCAAUUAUCUGUACACUUAUUAUGGUCAAUUGUCCUUCCCUUUAAAACGUGGCCUCUUGACAAGGUGCAGCUCCUCGAGUUACACCAUGAUUAAGCUACCUAUCACCUGCACGCUCCACCUCCACCCGUGGCCUCUUUACCUUCUGUUUGAAUACCGUCUCAUAGUCUGUCUCUCUGGACGCGGGACAUCGCAUCUUCAGCGCAGUGUUGUUGGCUAGUCCGACUAAACACCCCGUCUAGGCAAUUCAGCGGACAGUCCACAGGGUAUUGGUUGGUGGAUUCAAUCCCAGACAGAGGUCAACGUCUACAACUAGUUCUAAUAUGACACUUCGCAAGCAACCAUCUAAUGGUCAGAAGCGCAUUCGAACCGUGCCGGGGUCUUGCUGGCCAUGUCGAAGUCGGCGUGUAAUGUGUGACUUGCAGAAGCCGACUUGUCGCAAAUGCGCCAAAGCCGAUCUAGUCUGCAACUAUAGCAAACGCCUCCUGAAAUGGCAGGACUCAUUAGCAUCCAGAGGGUACCUUGCCGGGAAAAACAUUCCUGUACGCGAUUCAACCUCCGGCCAGGAUUCAACCCCGAGGCAGGAACUAGGAAUCAGCACCUUGUCUGCUAGCCAGCAGAGCGCCUUCGAUUAUUUUCGCCAGAAAGUCUGGCCUUUACUUUUCGUUGGCGGUGUCGAGUCGUCUGUGCCUUUCACUCUAGCUCUCAAAUCGCCCCCUUUACUGCUAUCUAUUCUUGCUCUGGCAACAACCCACAAAGCAGCGGAUGCGCCAACCAACAAAUUGAAGACUGAAAGCGAACAGGCUCGACUGGCCUGUAUCUCCUCCCUCAGAAUCCAGCUUGCAAAAGGCAUAAAAGAAGAAGAGCAAUCACGUGCUAUAGUUAUGACUUCUAUUUUUUUGUGCAUGCUCGAUGGUUAUCUGAAUCCGCAGGACGGUAUGGCAGCUACGAUUGAGCACCAGCUAGGUGCUCAGGCUGUAAUCAACAUUCUUGGGGGACCUCUAGAGGCUAUAUUAAGAGCGGCGCCCAACGAACUUGUUUUACUGUCCGAAUUUGCCUCGAUGGACCUCUCACGAGCAUUGAUUCUUGGCGAAAGGCCAUAUAUAGUACCAGAGUUAUGGUCAAAAUUUGACUCCGGCAGAUCUUGGUGGGAAGAUAUUGGAGGAGAAGAAUCACCUGCAGCCAUAUUCAAGGAACUUGCGAAGAUGGCACACUACGCACUUGAUCAUACCGAAAAUCCAGCAUCCGAAGUGAGCGUUGAAAAAGUGCAAGACUUUGAGUCCAAUCUUCAAGCACCGCUAAAGGAGGUUUCCCUAUAUAGCGUGAUGCAAGAUGCCACUGAAGAUCUGACACAGCACCAUCGCUAUAUGGAAGCACAGUCGCUGUUCCGCGCCUUUCGAUAUUGUGCACUCAUUUACCUCUACCGGGCUAUUUGCAAGUUUCCAACCCACCAUAAACUUGUCCAGCAGAGAGUCCAGCAAUGUCUCGAGGCUCUUUCAAUGCUUUCAGAACAGGCGGGAUACCAAACUUGCGCUCUAUUUCCCUACUGUGUAGCUGGAGCUCAUAGCGUCGCAGAUUUCCACCGAGAGACUGUAAUGAAGAAUCUUGAUAUUAUUGAGAUGCAGCUGCAGUUUGGCAAUAUAAAGGUACUCCAAAGCUAUUUGAGAACAUUGUGGAAGCCCGGUGGACAGGCCGGUGACUGGUUCCAUACGUUCAAAGAUUUCAGUAAAGGCGUUUAUAUUUUAUAGGGUUUGUAACUAAAACUAUAAGUAUGUAUCUUAUUAAUAGCCGCUGUUACUAUCACCAUUUAGGAUCACCUAUAAUAAGAUGGUUUCCUUCAUUUCAAAAAUAAAUAGACUGGUUACUCUACGACAAGAAAGAAGGCCAACCAAAUCUAAUUUUAAUUUAACCUCGAGCAUUAUUGCGUAGUCACUUCGAGAGGGCCAUCUAGGCUGGAAUAUCCGAAAGCCGCUUCCCUGCCCUCACCUCACUCUCGAUUUUCAAUCCAAGCCUCGACUUCCACUUCAACAAGCAUACCAGGAAUCCCUAACUUCCCAACCUCAACACACGUCCAAACCGGGCGAAGCGUACGUGAUAAGCGCUUGAACUCAGUCGUCAUAAUAUCGAAAGUGUCCUCUAUGUCCACAUGAUACGACUUAACCGCAUACACAUUCUCCCAACCCAGCCUCCCAUCAACAGUUCUCAGCGCCUUCAAAACGUUCUCCAUAGCUUGACGGAUCUGGAGUUCGGGGUCCGUCUCGAUUGUACCUUCAGCAUCCCAACCUCCCUGACCGGAGCAUUUGAC